UAAACCCUGGUUUAAGUAAGCACAUGCAAACACCAAAAGGAAAAGACAACCUUAAUACCAUCGAGAGUAUGCACCAAUGUGUAGUGGCAGUGAAAGGUGAUUAUGAUGAGGAUGAAAUAAAUGACAAUCCAUAUGAGAGCGUUCUAUAGUUAGUGAUGUCAGGGUUAACAUUGGAGUCAAAGGAGUGAAAAUUGUGGCCUACAGUAAAGUGUAUGAUUGUAGAAAUGUAUAUACGAUGCAGGGUGAUAUGACUGAACUAACUGUAGAUAUGAUAGUCAAUUCAGCGGAUGACAAACUUACGUUGACUGGGGGGCUAGGAAAUACUAUUGUCAAGAAAGGUGGUAAGGAAAUCCAAAAAGAAUGUGCUGACUAUAUUAGAGAUAAUGAUAGCCUAGAUGACGGGGAUGCAUUUGUUAGUACUGCUGGAUCUCUUAAGGCAGAUGCUAUUAUACAUGUAAGAGGGCCGCUUUGGCGAGGUGGCAUGAAGCAGGAAGAUGAGAUGCUGACAGAUGCUAUAUUUAAAUGCCUACAGCAGGCUUCUACUAGAAAUCUGACAUCAGUUGCAAUACCCGCCUUAAGUUUUGGCACAUACGGGUGAGAAUCUGUUUAACAUUAUCAAUUUAUUACA